AUGAUGAUUAGAAGGAUAAAUAAGGACUUUAAAUUUAGAAGACUAAUUAGACUGGUUCAUUUGAGUUCAACUCACGAAAGUCUUUCUUCAAUAAGAUAUGAACCAAGUAUUAUAAAUUCACCGGUUGAAUUAAAUCUACCAGGAUUUAUUAAACCUAAUAUAAAUCAUUUUCUUAAUUCACUUGAUGAUUCACAUUAUUUAUUUAAUUCAAAUGAAAAAUCUGAAAAAUCUGAAAAAUCACCAACCCAAAAUGAUAAAAAAGAUAAAGAAGAUAAACCCAAAGAGAAACCAAAGAAGAAGGAUCAAAAUAUAGAUAAGAAAGAUCAAAAUAUACCUACUACAACAACUCCUCCUCCUUCAACCUUACCUUCUUCAUCAAGUGGUGGUGAUGAUCCCAAAGAUAAGAAAAAAAUCAACCCCAAUACUCCAAGUGAUGGUAACGACGGUGGUGACUCUAAAGAUGAUAAAUUAUCAGUUAAUCAAAAUGGUUUAUAUCCUCCAUUUUUAGCUAUCCCCAUGAAAGAUCGUCCUUGUUUACCAGGUAGACAUUUCACAAUAAAUAUAACUGACGCUGAGGUUAUUAAAUGUUUAGAAACUGCUUUAAUUAUGAGAGAACCAUAUUUUGUAAUGUUUCAUAUAAAAGAUCAAAAUGAUCCAGAUGCUGAAAUUGAUGUUAUAAAGGAUAAAUCAUGGGUUCAUGAAAUUGGUACAUUAUGUCAAAUAACAAAGAAUAUAAAAUUGGGUCCUAAUUCAAUGAAUGUAUUAGCUUAUGCUCAUGAACGUGUUAAAUUAAUUGAUUUAUCUACACCCACCACAAAAAGUGAAAAUAUUGAAAAACAUGAUAAAUUUGCCACAGAUUAUUUGAAAAAUUACCAAGUUUCUUAUGCUGCCGUUAAACCAAUGGAAGAUGAUAUCUAUGAUAAAGAUUCAAUUGAUAUAAAAGCAUUAGUUCAGACUGUAAAAGAAUUAUGUAGUCGAUUUCCAUCAGAUAUAUUAGCUUCUGAACAAGGUAAGAAGAUCUUGAAUAACCCUUCAUUAUUAGCUGAUUAUGUUGGAUCUGUAGUUCAUGGAGAACCUAAAAAAAUUCAAGAAAUAAUGGAUACGUUUGAUGUUCAAAAACGAUUAGAGAAAAUAUUAGACUUACUCAAGGCUGAAGUUGAUGCUGAUGCAAUUAGAUUAAAAGCUAAAAAAAAUUAUCAAAGAAAAUUAGAAUUAGCAUCUGCUCAAAUGAUAAUUAAAGAUUACACUAAAGAGCUUUUAAAAGCUGCUGGUUUAGAAGGUGGUCCUGGAGGUCAAAAGGGUAAAAAAUUUGAAGAAAGAAUUAAAAAAUUAAAAUUAACUGAAGAAGCCAUGGAAGCUUAUAACUCUGAAAUUGCAAAAUUGGGUACUACAUCAGAUAUGGAAUCAAGUAUAACUGAAAAAUAUCUAGAUUAUCUUACACAAAUUCCAUUUGGUGUUUAUUCUAAAGAUUCAUUUGAUAUUAAUCGUGCUAGAGAAAUUUUAGAUCGUGAUCAUCAUGGAUUAAAAGAUGUUAAAGAUAGGAUAUUAGAAUUUAUGUCAGUUGGGAAAAUUUCAGGUUCUGUAAAUGGUAAAAUAUUAUGUCUUGCUGGUCCUCCAGGGACUGGAAAAACAUCAAUUGCAAGAUCAAUAGCAGAAUCUUUAAAUCGUAAAUAUACCAGAAUUUCAGUUGGAGGUGUACAAGAUGUUCAUGAUGUAAAAGGACAUAGAAGAACAUAUGUAGGAGCAGUACCAGGAAGAAUAAUCACUAGUUUAAUACAAUCUAAGACUUCUAAUCCGUUGAUGGUUGUUGAUGAGAUUGAUAAAUUGGAUAAUACUGCUCGAGGAGGUGCAGCAAGAUCAUUUUUAGAAAUUCUUGAUCCUGAACAAAAUUUCGGAUUUGUUGAUAAUUUUAUUGAAGUUAAAGUUGAUUUAUCAAAAGUUUUAUUUUUAUGUACGGCAAAUUAUUUAGAUACGAUAUCGAGACCAUUAUUGGAUCGUAUGGAAAUUAUUGAAGUUAAUGGAUAUACUAAAAAUGAGAAAAUUGAAAUUGCGAUAAGGCAUUUAAUUCCAAAAGCAAGUGAAAAAGUAGGAUUAGAUUUAGAACAUGUUGAAAUUCCAAGAGAGACAAUUUCAAGGUUAAUUGAUAAAUAUUGUAGAGAAAGUGGAGUUCGAAAAGUUAAACAUUUAAUUGAUAAAAUAUUUGGUAAAGUUUCAAGAAAGAUUGUGGAACAAGUUGAAGGAGAACAAGAAAAAUUGAAAGAACUUGCCAAAUCUGAAAUUGUUGAAGAAGUAGCUGCCACAGAAACAAUUUCGAAACCUGAAAAAUCACAAGAAGAAAUUGAAUUAAGAAAAGAAUUAAAAGAGAAUAAAGAAUCUGAAACUGAACCCGAAAUUGAAGAAAUUAAGAAAUUGGAAAUCCCAUCAGAUUUAAAAAUAACAAUCACUCCAAACGAACUCAAAGAUUAUAUUGGUCCAGAAAUUUACACCAGAGAUAGAUUAUAUGAAACAUUAACACCAGGUAUAGCAACUGGACUAGCUUAUAAUAAUUCCGGUGAUGGUGAUGCUCUAUACAUUGAAUCAAUAUUAACUGAUUCGAUAUCUUCAGGUACUUCAAAUUCUGGACAUUUAUCAGUUACAGGUUCAUUAAAAGAUGUGAUGAAAGAAUCAGCAUCAAUUGCAUAUUCAUUUGCAAAACAAUUCAUGAUUAAAAAAUACCCAAAUAAUAAAUUUUUCGAUAUGGCUCAGAUACAUGUGCAUUGUCCAAGUGGGUCAAUUCCAAAGGAUGGACCAUCAGCCGGUAUUGCCUUUACUUCAUCCCUUAUGUCCCUUGCAUUAAAUAAAGCCUUGCCUAAUGAUAUUGCAAUGACGGGUGAGAUUACAUUAAGUGGGAAAGUAUUACCUAUUGGAGGAUUAAGAGAGAAGACAUUAGGUGCUAAACGAGCAGGAUAUAAUAAAAUAAUCAUACCUAAAGAUUCUGAAUAUUUAUUAAUGGAUAUUCCUGAUGAUGUUAAGGAAGGUGUUGAAUAUAUUCCUGUUGAUUGGUAUUCUGAGGUGUUUGAACAUUUGUUUCCUGAUAUUGAUGAAGUUUAUGCUAAUGAGUUAUGGAAAAGUGAAUUUGAUAAAUUAGAAGAAAAGAAAAAUAAAAAGAAAGAUUAG